GAAACGCGACACAGUUUCUGGGACAGAGGGAGUAUUUGUCCUCGUCUGUUUCUGCUGGUUAGGAGAGGCGGCUGUUUCGUCUUUCUGAUCUUUGUAAGCAUUGUAGCUGUGCGAUGGUCCUGACCUAAUUCAGUGGAAAAUAAGCAGUAAAGAUUCUGCUGCUUCUUCAUUUUGUCUGCCUAAAUAACACCCUCUCUCUCGCAACACAUGAGGCCUCUGCUGAACUAGUGUUUGUUAAUUUCCCCACUGUACAUUGUGGGGUGGAAUUCAAUCGCUGGAUAAAAUUUUGAUCAUUCGCGUAUUAGACUGUAAACCCAAAAUAAAAUUGAGUGCAAUGGAGGAUUAUUACUAUGGAAGCAGUGACGAUGAGAACUCUGAUCAGUACUCUGAUCGAGUUGACGAUGAUGAUGGAGAAGACUCUGUUGAUGGGCUCCAAGACCAAGAACUUUGCAGCAAAGAUCCCUCCUGCACGAAGUUUUAGUAAAUCAGCGUGUGGAAGAAGUACUGUCAGUUACUGAACUGCCUAUGGCUUGCACCUCAACUGAAGAUGAAAAAGAAAUAUAUAGCAUCUGAGAAUGUGAAUUUCUACUCUUUCUGGUGAUCAGACAAGAGUCUCUUCUAGCUGCACAGAAAGAAGUCUUUCAAAAAGUAAUGGAUUUGCUGUCCUUAAAGGAGCACCAUGUGCGGACCUUGCUGAUUUAUCACUGUUGGGAUGUUGAAACAGUUUCAAAGGUGUUCGUAGAGAGAGGUAAAGAACGGUUAUAUUCAGAAGCAGGUCUAUCAGUCAGGAGCAGCAAGGACCUUAACUCCUCUCAGUCUUCAGACGAAGUUACCUGUCAAAUCUGCUUUAAGCAUGUCAAUGCUUAUGAGUCCUCGAUGAUGGAUUGUGGCCAUUGUUUUUGCAACAUCUGUUGGACACAGCAUUUUAUCAUGAAGAUACAAGGGGGUCAGAGUAGACGGAUUACAUGCAUGGCCCACAAGUGCGAAGCAAUUUGUGACCAAGAAAAUGUUAGAAAUCUAGUUAGUACAGCAGAUCCUCAUCUUGCAACAAUGUUUUAUAAGAUUCUUUUAGAAUCAUAUGUUGAGGAUAAUAAGAAAGUAAAAUGGUGUCCUAGCCUUCCUCAUUGUGGAAAUGCAAUUCGUGUUGAGCGCGAUGAAUAUUGUGAGGUUGAAUGUGCUUGUGGUGUACAGUUCUGUUUCAGCUGCUCAUCUGAAGCUCGCUCGCCUUGUCCAUGUUUGAUGUGGAAGCUUUGGAAGGAAAUGCGCCAGGAUGAAUCAGGGAUGGUUAAUUCUACGAAUACCAAGUAUUGCCCUAAAUGUCAUAAACCAGUGGAGAAGAAUGGAGGAUGCAACCGAGUGCAUUGUUUGUGUGGACAACAAUUUUGUUGGCUUUGUGGCGGAAAAACUAGCACAAGUAUUGCAGAUCAUCAUCCUUGUGGCCAAUAUAAAGACGAUAGAUUGGAGAAAGAUGGGCUUGCAAAAAGGCAACCUUGGGGCUAUUCUCACAGUUGUAUUCAGUUCAAAGCCCACACAGACUCUUUGGAGCUUGAAGCAAGGUUGCAGAGCAGGUUAAAUUCAAAAAUUGAGAUCUUGGAGGAAAAGAACCAUGAAUUAAGAGAUUUUAGCUGGGUGACUGUUGGAUUCAAUAGACUUUUCAGAUCAAGGAGGAUUCUCUCCUAUUCUUAUCCUUUUGGAUAUUACAUGUUUUAUGAUGACCAAUUCAAGUACGCAAUGGAACAGAAUGUCAGGGAACCAAAGCAGAAUCUUUUUGAGGACCAUCAGGAGCAGCUUCAGGCUAAGAUUGAAAACCUUUCGGAACAGCUUUUUGCUGAUUGGGAAGAAAGGGACGUCCUCGAUACAAGACGGCAGAUUAUUACUCUCUCCACUGUUAUCAAUAACCUCUGCAAGAAUUUGUAUGAUUGCAUCGAGGAAUUAUUGCCUCCCGAGCAUAUUAUAGUUCCAUAUAGGUGUAUGGGAGUGAAGAAAGCAUCAGAAUUUCAUUAAAGCUUAACUAGAUGCAAGAUGGAUGAGCAAUGAUACAAAGUUCUUGACUUGCAGCCUUUGGAUUGGGUGAUUUUUCUUCCCUUGAGAUGGUUCGGCAAGAAGCUCUUGGUGAAUGCUUCAUAUUAUAUCUAUAUGCAGCUGACACAAUAGAGAGGAGAUGAUAUAUUAACAUUCUACUUGGUUUUGCUCAUAAGUAGAGUCAUUGAUGACAUUUUGGCUUAAAAGGGUUGAUUUUCCAAGAGAAUGUCACGGAGGUAAUCGUUGAAAGAAAGGAAAAGCGUGGCCGUAUAUGCUUUUUCGUUGCAUAUAUGUCCUGACGUCGCUGCCUUGUCAAUUUUGAUUUCUAGAGUCCUUUCCUCGAAUAUUUCUGCCAAUGUUUAUAACUUUUGAUGAGAUUUAUAAUCUGGAUAAACAGUAAACCUUAUAUUUCUGUAUAUAUUUCCUCGGUCAAAUACAAAAAUAUUGAUAAAUGGUCGUUCUUAAGAGGGUUCAAUGGU